CGGCCGGGUCAGUGUUGGGUCCCUCCCCGCUGUCCUGGCGUUUAUAUAUGGGGCGUGUACGGCAGUCGCGGAGUUCCAGCACUCGAGAUAGCUGCGGCCGCCGCUUUGGCUGGGCACUCGCUUCCCCAUCUCGGUUGGGAAAUUGAUUAUAUAGACUUUUUCAGCUCUCAAGCAAUUCGCCCUUUCCUAUCCAGUCGUGGCUCACCCAAAGCUUCCGAGGAAAGUGGGAUCUUUCGGUCCUUCCUGCAUUUCCGACCAUUACAGGAUCUAGAAAUGUCUACAACACUCUUAUCUGCCUUCUACGACAUCGACUUCUUGUGCAAGACCGAGAAAUCCCUAAGCAGCAUGCUGGACAAGAAGGCGGUGGGGAGCCCCGUGGGCACUUCGCCCAGCUCCAACUUCGCGCCGGGCUUCCUGCGGAGGCAUUCGACGAGCAACCUGCAGGCUCUGACUAACGGCAACGCCAAGUUCCCGGCGGGCUCGCCGUCGCCUUCGCCCUCUUCCUUCGGCGGCCUCAAGGAGCCUGGCACCGGAGGAGGAGGCGGCGGCGGCGGAGGGAGCAGCAGCCCCACCACCGCCUUGCUGAACAAGGAGAACAAGUUCCGAGACCGCUCGUUCAGCGAGAAUGGCGAGCGCAGCCAACACCUCAUGCAGCAGCUCCAGCAGCAGCAAGUGGUGGUGGUGGCGGCUUCUUCGGUGGGGAAGGGCGGCGGCGGCGGCAAUGGCAACGGCGGAGGGGGCGGCGGCGGGGCUCCCAUCAACUCGACGCGCUACAAGACGGAGCUGUGCCGGCCCUUCGAGGAGAGCGGCGCCUGCAAGUACGGCGAGAAGUGCCAGUUCGCGCACGGCUUCCACGAGCUGCGCAGCCUGACGCGCCACCCUAAGUACAAGACGGAGCUGUGCCGCACCUUCCACACCAUCGGCUUCUGCCCCUACGGGCCGCGCUGCCACUUCAUCCACAACGCGGACGAGCGCCGCCCCGCGCCCGCCAACGGCAGCAGCGCCAACCCCGCGACGCCGCAGCACCAGCCGCCGCCCCCAACGCACAGCGGCGGCGGAGGCGGCCACCACCACCCUCUGCACCCGCCGCACGCGGGCAGCACCGGCGACCUACGCGCCUUCGCGCCCUCCGCCCGCGACCACCCGCUGGCGGGCGGCGGCUUCGGCAUCCCCCACCCUCGAGGAGGAGGAGGGGACAGGCCCAAACUGCACCACAGCCUCAGCUUUUCCGGCUUCUCGGCGCACCACCACCAGCACCACCACGGAGGGGCGCCGGGCGGCUUGGAAGCAGCGGCGGCGGCGGCCGCAGCGGCAGCCUUGCUCCUGGAGAGCCCCGGCGGGUCCCGUACGCCGCCGCCUCCGCGCUCCUCGGGCGGCUCUUACUGCGACGAGCUGGUGGCCUCCCCGCCCUGCGCCAACAACGCCUUCGCCUUCUCGGCGGGCCAGGAGCUGGGCAGCCUCAUCGCGCCGCUCGCCCUCCACGCGCCGCCGCCGCCGCCUCCCCCUCCGGCCGGCUGCUUCGCCAACGCGGCCGCCACCUUCUACCGCUGCCACCAGCAGCCGGGCGGAGGCGGCGGGGCGGGAGGAGGAGGCGGGAACUGCUGCCCGCCGCCCGGCCCUCCGGCCUCGCCUCCUUUCACCUUCCAGCCUUUGCGCCGCCUCUCCGAGUCGCCCGUUUUCGACGCCCCGCCGAGCCCUCCGGAUUCCCUGUCCGACCGGGAGAGCUACCUGAGCGGCUCCCUCAGCUCCGGCAGCCUCAGCGGCUCGGAGUCGCCCAGCCUGGACUCGGGCAGGCGCCUGCCCAUCUUCAGCCGCCUCUCCAUCUCCGACGACUGAGGAGGCCAGGAGAAAGUGGGACUUUGGGGGGCGCAGAGGGCGGGUGUCGGAAGCCUCCCUAUGGUUGUCAAUCUUCGGGGACCCCUGCUUUUUUUUUAAGGGAGGGUCCCCCGUUGGGCAAGCUACCCCCUUUCCCUCUUUAAUGCGCCCCUAUUAUUUCCCUGCCUUCUCACCAGGAGCAGAGACUGCAGCAACCUCCAGAUACUAGCCAAGCUCGCACAGACCCUUUUCUGUUUUCUCCCCCACACUUUUUUGCUUUCCUUUUUAAGCAAGAGAAAUCCUUUUGAUUGCUGAGCAAAUUCAGAGAGGAGACAGAAAAAAGAACCUUUCCCCCCUGCCCCCCCUUUUUAUCAAGAGCUGAACAAAAUGCCAGUUUGCGAAAGGGCAAAUGAUGUCAUCAAGAGAACAAUCUUUAUUUUUAUAUAUCUAAAGAGACUGGAAGGAGAGGGUUUCUCCUCCCCCCCCUCUUUUUAGACUAGUUUAUAAAUGUGCACCAGCAGCAGCAGCCAUUCCAUCUUCAAGUGUGUUUUAUGGGGAGGGGAGGAGACAAAGGGUAAUAAUAAGCAUUAGCAAACAGUUCUGCCCAAUCCUACUCCCCCAGGAAUCAACAAUCAUUCUGGAGGCCCAUGAACUCUGCAUUCCAGGUCCCUCCAGAUCGCUAUACAACAACAAAAAAUAAUUUAAAGUGAGGAGUGUGGGGUUUUUUUUGCCUUUCAAUCAAAUUUAAAGUAAAUAUACUAAAUGUAUAAGCUUUUAAAAGAAAAAUUCAACAUCCUGCCAAGAAUAUGCCUUGAUAACACUCUAGUUUUUAUAUAUAUAUCUUAUAUAUAUUAUAACAUGCUAAAACUUCCAUUCCAAAGUUUAAUAUUGGUUCCAUUGCCACCACUUAGUGGAUGUUUGGCUUAGAACAAUUUUUUGUUGCUUUAUUUGGAAGCAUUCAACUGAAUUUAGUUUGUAAUUGUUGGAGAAUAACUGCUGAUUUUUUAAUUUUUUUUUAGCUGAGUUGAUUGCGCAAGUCACUGCACAACUCAAUAUGAAACUAUUUAACUUAUUUAUUAUCUUGUGAAAAGUAUACAUUGGUAAUUUGUUCAUACUGUAUUUAUCGGGUAUGAUGAAAAGCAAUAGAUAUAUAUUCUUUUAUUAUGUUUAAAUUAUGAUUGCCAUUAUUAAUCGGCAAAAUGUGGAGUGUGUUCUUUUCACAGUAAUAUAUGCCUUUUUGUAACUUCACUUGGUUAUUUUAUUGUAAAUGAGUAAAAUUCUUAAUUUAAGAGAUUGUAUGUAAUAUUUAUUUCAUUAAUUUCUUUCCUUGUUUACGUAAAUUGAAAGAUUGCAUUGGCCUUUUUUUAUAUAGAAAUCUGACUCAAUGCUGUGGAAGUAGUUUUGAGAAAUUUCAAUGGGUUGUGUUUUUUUAGAAUGUACAAUGGUUGUAACCCGUCCAAGUUUAAACCUACUUUGCAAUCAGAAUUUAAAGUGGCAAACCUAAUUCAAACUUUUAAAAUUAACCAAAAAGUAUUCGUGUUGCCUAACUUCACCAAUCACACUGUGAUAGUUUAAAAGUAUGUAGCAAUAAAGAGGGGGGGGGGAGCCCAGUAUUACGUCCCACAGUGCCUUCAUAAGGGUCCAUGCUUGCCUUAAAUCUUCCUCAACCAAAUGAGUAUUUUCUUAAUGCUUGAGAAUUUGAAUGUAGGGCUGGGGGUUUUAACUACAUGAAAUUGUACCACUCGUGUAAGUAAGGAGGCCACAUUUGGGACCUGAACCUGCAAAUGUGUUCAGGGUCGUAUCUUUUACAGUUCCAAAACAUGAAACUUUUUGUUCGGCGAAAAAGUCAGGAGUAAUACAAAACUUUCAUGGGAGGGUGAAUGGAUGAAUGAGCAGUACCUUUUUUUAUUAUUAAAGAAAAGAAAAUGUACAUAGGUACAGGUUCGGCACUAUGUACUCUUUGGACUACUUUAACAUAAGAAGUAUGUUUUGAAUGUAACUAGAAGAUAAGUCAACUUGAGUUGUAAUAUAUUUUGGAGAGUCAGUUCACUACAAAUUUGGAGUGCGAGACUGUAAACUUUGUACUGUAAAUGUUUUGUAGUUCUCCCAAUAAAAACUCUUGAGGAAAAAAAAAUCCCAAGCUAUUAAAAGCCAAUGUCUGCAA